AUGAAAUUUUCUGCUACUAAAUUAACUACCGCCCUAAUGGGUGCAUCCGUUGUCGCUGCUUUACCUCACGCUGACAUUAACGUCGAUGACUGUACCACUACUGUUGCUGCUUCUCACCACCACAACAAGAGAGCCAUCGCUGUCGAAUACGUCUACGAAACUGUUAUCGUUGAUUCCAAUGGUAACACCAUCUCUGGUCUAACUGGUCAAGCUACAGCUACUCCUACUACUGUUGCUUCCGCCAAGGCUACUUCUACUGGUGUCACUACCACUUUAGCUCCAACUACUUCCAAGACUGCUGCUGCCGCUACUUCUACUACUGCUGCUGCCUCAUCUGGUUCUUCUACUGGUGGUAUUUACGGUGAUUUGGCUGCUUUCUCUGGUCCAUCUGAAGCUUUCGAAGAUGGUACUAUUGCUUGUAGCUCUUUCCCAUCCGGUCAAGGUGUUAUCGCUGUCUCCUGGAUGAACCAAAACGGUUGGACUGGUAUUGAAAACACCGACACUUCCACUGGUGGUUCUUGUGCUGAAGGUUCUUACUGUUCCUACGCUUGUCAACCAGGUAUGUCCAAGACCCAAUGGCCAAGUGAACAACCAUCUGAUGGUAGAUCCAUCGGUGGUCUUCUAUGUAAGGGUGGCUUCUUGUACCGUUCUAACACUGACACCGAUUACUUAUGUGAAUGGGGUGCCAACACUGCUGAAGUUGUCUCUGAAUUAUCCGAAGGUGUUGCUAUCUGUAGAACCGAUUACCCAGGUACUGAAAACAUGGUUAUUCCAACUUUUGUUGAAGCUGGCUCCACUUUACCAUUAACUGUCGUCGAUGAAGACACUUACUACAAAUGGGAAGGUAAGCUAACUUCUGCUCAAUACUACGUUAACAAUGCUGGUGUUUCUGUCGAAGAUGGUUGUGUCUGGGGUACUGAAGGUUCCGGUAUUGGUAACUGGGCUCCAUUAAACUUCGGUGCUGGUUACACUAACGGCAUCAGUUACUUAUCUUUGAUUCCAAAUCCAAACAACAAGACUCCAUUAAACUACAACGUUAAGAUUGUUGCUGCUGAUGAUAACUCCGUUGUUAACGGUGAAUGUUACUACGAAAACGGUAGUUACUCCAGUGGUGCUGACGGUUGUACUGUUGCUGUUACCUCAGGUAAGGCUAAAUUUGUCCUAUAUUGA